AUCCAAACGAGAUGUCCCGGAUUCGAUCCUACCGGUGUCGCGAUCAAGGGGACGCGCACGACUUUGAUGAGCCCGUUGUCUGGACCGCGUAACGAGAAGGAGUUGAUGCACGGUUUGAACGAUCGCCUCGCGGGCUUCAUCGGGACGGUGCACCAGCUGGAGCAGCAGAAUCAUCUGUUGGAGAGAGAAAUCCAGGAGCUCCGAGGGAAAGCGAAGCCCGCAUCCCGCCUGGAGGAGGAGUACGGACCGGAGCUGAGGAGGCUGAGACGCGUGGUUCAGGACAUCACUCACCAGAAGCACCAGAUCGAAAUCGAGCAUCAGGAUUUAGAAGAGGAGGUGUCCAGCGUGAGGAGACAACACGAACAGGAGGCGCGCAGCAGAUCAGAUGCGCAGAGCAACAUCGUGGCCCUGAAGAAGGACAUAGAUGACGCGUAUCGGGCUAAACUGCUGCUGGACCAGAAAGCGCAGUCUCUCGUGGAUGAGAUCCACCUACUUAAGCGAAACCAUGAGGCCGAGGCGUCGGAGAUGUUUGGCCAGAUCCGGGAUCUGCAGGUGACUGUGGAGGCGCACGGAUUUUGCGCACCUGGCGUCACUGCGGCACUCCGGGAUGUGAGGGCUCAGCUGGAAGGUCACGCUGUGUCCGACGUCUGGCAGGUAGGAGAAACUUUCAGAUCCCAGUUUGCAAGAUUAACAGGGGACGCCGAGUCAAAGAGAGAGGCUUUAAAGGCGACACAGCAGGAGGUGCAGGAGUACAGGAGGCGGCUGCAGGCCAGAAACACCGAUCUGGACUGCGCCAAAGGCACCAGGGACGCGCUGGAGAAACAGCUGCGUGAGGUCGAGGAUCGACACAAGGAGGAAAUUAUCCACUAUCAGAAGACAAUCAAAGAACUUGAAAACGAGCUGAUAAACUGUAAAUUCGACAUGUCUGGUUACCUGAGGGAGUAUCAGGAUCUGUUAAAUGUGAAGAUGGCGUUGGAUGUGGAGAUACUGUCUUACAGGAAACUUCUCUGUAGCGAGGAAGCUCGACUAUCCACUAUGUCAGACACCGACAUCUCCUUGCCCUACAUCUACCACCAGUCCCCCGUUUACACCCUCCCCUGCCUCAGCCGGCCAGGCGGCCCACACAGACGAGUGGAGCCCCAGUACAAGUUUGUGGAGGAGAUCAUAACAGAGACCACCAGGGAAAUUGAGAUGUCAGAAUUUGAGGACACGGGAUCAGAGGAGACAGAAGCGGGGAGAGAUGAGUGGGAGCAUGCCAAAAGGGAUAGAGGGGGCAGUGAGGAGGAGGUGGACGAUAAUAAAGACAGUCGAGAGGAAGAAAGUGAGCAGUUGUCUGACAGUCAGCAGAAUCCAUCAGAAGGAAACUCAGUGAAUGGGGGGGAUGAUAGGGAUCGAGGGAGUCCUGGAGAGGUGGAGGAUGGUGAGAAGGGUAGAAACAGAAAAGAGGAGUCAGAGGAAACUGAAGCAGCUGACAGAGAAGGUGUGAGUGGCAAAGACAAAAAGACUCAAAGCAAAGUUGUAUUAAGUCAGAGUCUUGUUGAAGAAGAAAAUGAGCAACUGAAAAAAGAAGCUGAAAACCCUAAAGAAGAGAAAGAUCCGGUGACAAAGGCAACAGUUCAGAAAGACUUAAAAUCGGAGGUCACUGCGGAGGAGGAACUCAUGAAUAAUGAAAAACAAGAUGCACUUAAAGAUAAUUUUAUCUCAAAUGAAGUGAGAAAGUCAGUUGAUGAGGUCUUGACCAAAGAAACAGGCAAAACUGAGCCGAGCAGUGCUGUUCAAGUGCAGGAUGAGAAAAGCAGUGAUUUUACAACACAGAUAAAGAGCAUCGUCUCCAUAGAGACAGAGGAGCUUUCAGAAAAGGCUCGAGCAACUUCAAGCACAACACUCAAGGAAAAGGAAAACAGCUAUACUGAGCGGAAGGAAAUCAAUCAAUCUGAAAAAGAUCAAGUAGUAAAAAGCACCAAAGAUGCUGGACGUGAUAAAGACUCAUCUGAAAAGUCUAGUUUAACUGAAGUUAACGAUCAGAGAAACAUUGAAAAUAAAAUUGAAACAGACCAAGCUGUUUUGUCAAAUGAAAAGACAACUAGUGAAGAAAUCAAUGAGAUGCAUGGGACAGAAAGAAGUCAGGAUCUGAAGUCAGAACUGACUGACACAAUGGAGAAUCAUUUGCAGAAAUAAGAGGUUACAUUUAAUUUAACAAAAGGAUGAAAUUAAAAUGUAAACAUCAGGGAAUUUCAAGCUGAAAAUAGGGAAUGGCUAAAAACAAAAGCAAAUGCAACUGCAAGGCCUGAACAGAGCAAAGAGAAGAAAACUGCUGCUGCUGUAAUUCUUCUUCAAAAUGACAGAGAAAGCACAAUCCGUCUGUCUGCAGCAGAUUGGACUUUUGACUCCUACGUCAUAAUCUUUUGAACCACCACACGAACAUAGCUAUGAAUGUAAACAAUGCAAAGUGAAUUUAUCUACUUUGGUGCGUUACUUCACAAAUGCAAGAUCAAAAAGUACUGUAAUUGUGAGCUACACUUUGAAUAUAAUAACAUGAACUAUAUGUUACUGCAAAGGAUAAUGCAAGAGGUUCAAUAUUUGCCCUGGUCUCUUGCAAUAAGUUGGUCCAGUUGAUAUAAACUACAGAUGACUGUAUGCCACUGCAGCAGGAGUCAGGAUGCACAUGUUUUUGCUGUGAAGGUGCAUCAUUCAUUGACUGACUUCAUGACCUGAUUUUCCUCCCCAGUGAGUCCAACUCUUCUUUUUCAUGCCUCAGCAAUAAACAGAUUUGGUCAUAUAUGUUAUUACCUUUAACUCUGUAUGUGAACAACACAAUAGGGCAUGCAUGAACAUAUUAGUGACUGUAGAGGACAGCACAGUAUUGAUGUGUAUUAAAUAAAGGCAUUUGAUCUCAACUAAUAGUGUUUUCAUUGAAAUGUUUAAAGUAAACAUUGUGUCCUUUCAGUUACUUCUCAUCUUUGUAUAGUUUAAUACCUUUAUUAAUGUUUUGUAAAAUAGUGUCUAUUUGGUUUAAUUUGCCUUUUAUUAAUUU